AUGGUGGAGGAGUCCAGGGAAAAUGGUUGGUCUGUCAACGGAUUUCAAGGAGCCAUAUUGUUGGAAAAUUAUGCAGUUGUAAGGAAAGUAGUCUCGUCUCUUCAGCAGCAUUAUGUCAUAUAUAUGGGAGCUACAAAUCCAUCAUCAAAUGAGAUCAAUGGAGAUAUUGCUCAAGCUGCUGCUGCUGAAUUAGCUCAUUUGCAGCUACUCUCCACCAUCAUUCCAAGCCAAGAGAGUGAGAGAAUAUCCAUAAUCCACAAUUACAAACAUGCAUUUAGAGGAUUCUCUGCCAUGCUUACCGAGGAUGAAGCUCAUCUUUUGUCAGAUCAUAGUGAUGUUAUCUCAGUGUUCCCGGACACGAUGCUUCAACUCCACACAACACGUUCAUGGGACUUUAUAGAAGGAAAAGCAGGCAGGCUGUCAAGAUGGGGCUUGGAAAAGCAUGUCACUAGUGACAUCAUUAUUGGGAUUUUAGAUACGGGUAUAUGGCCGGAGUCUCCAAGUUUCAAUGACGAAGGAAUUGGGCCGAUCCCUUCAAGAUGGAAAGGGGUUUGUUUGGAGGGAUCAGACUUCAAAAAGUCCAAUUGCAAUAGGAAGUUGAUCGGUGCAAGAUACUACGCCAAUGAAGAGAAGACACUUGACUCGCCGAGAGACUCGGAGGGCCACGGAACACACGUGGCGUCCACAGCGGCGGGUGCACCAGUUACCAAUGCCUCCUACUUCGGUUUAGCCAGAGGCACGGCCAGAGGUGGUGCCCCAUCUGCCAGGAUUGCCAGCUACAAGGUUUGCUCAUCUGAAGGUUGCUACGGCGCAGCCAUUUUGCAAGGCAUCGAUGACGCCGUCAAUGACGGAGUUGACGUGAUUUCCAUCUCCAUUGGUUCCGGCACGUCUAGUGAGUUCUUUGAGGACCCAAUUGCCAUUGGAGCUUUCCAUGCUGAUCAAAACGGCGUCGUGGUGGUUUGCUCCGCUGGGAAUUACGGCCCUGAACCUUUCACCGUCGGUAACACCGCGCCGUGGAUUUUUACCGUCGCGGCUUCUAGUUUGGAUAGAGAUUUUCAGUCCACUGUUUUGCUUGGCAAUGGAAGAGGCCUCAAGGGAUCUGCCAUUUUCUUAAAGCUUUCACGAUCAGCCAUACAUCCACUUGUAUUUGGAAAGGAUGCGGCUCCUAAUUCUUCUGUCGCAUUGGAAGCAAGCAAGUGCUAUCCAGGAUCUUUGGACCCUAAAAAACUCGCAGGAAAGAUUGUCGUUUGUGCAGAUGAUGAGGAGCCUUUAAGUUUAAGGGGCUGGAAGAGACAACCUCUAGUAGAAGAGGCUAAGGUCAAAGGAGUAAUUUUCAUAGAAAAAGAGGAAGGAGUUGUGCCUUCUGUUACUGGCAUUUUCCCAUACGUAGAAGUUGGCAAAAUUGCAGGAUCUCAGAUUCUUAACUACAUCAAAUCUACCAAAAAGCCAACAGCAACGAUCCUUCCAACAGUUGAAAUUUCAAGACAUAAGCCCGCGCCGAUUGUGGCCUAUUUUUCAUCAAGAGGACCUGGGGAGUUAACCGAAAACAUUCUCAAGCCGGAUAUAAUGGCUCCCGGAGUGAACAUUUUAGCUGCCAUGGUUCCAAAGAUUAAAGAAGCAGUUGGGAAGAAACUGUCCAAGUUUUCUAUGAGAUCUGGAACAUCAAUGUCUUGUCCGCAUGUUUCCGGGGCUGCUGCAUUCGUUAAGUCAGUUCGCCGUCGAUGGACUUCUUCUAUGAUCAAAUCCGCGCUUAUGACCACCGCAAAGACAUACGACAACAGGAGGAAGGUAUUAACAAACAGCUCAAGCCACAUAGCAAAUCCACACGAGGCAGGAUCUGGAGAAAUGAACCCAAUUAAGGCUCUAAAUCCAGGGCUAGUCUUCGAAACGACAACACAAGACUAUCUUCAAUUCCUUUGUUACUAUGGCUAUUCGCAAAAGGACAUAAGAAGCGUGGCGUCAAACACGAAGUUCAAAUGUCCCGAACAUUCUAACAAAGAACUAAUCUCCAACAUUAAUUACCCCUCCAUUUCUAUCAGCAAGCUCCGCAGAAACCAAUCCAAAGUCAUACAAAGAACUGUCACUAAUGUGGGACCCUCCAACUCCGCAUACAUUGCUAAGGUUCAAUCUCCCAAGGGCUUAGUUGUGAAGGUUAUUCCGGACAAGAUUGUGUUCACAAAGGGCCUGAAGAGAGCUCCUUUUGAGGUGUCGUUUUUCGGUAAUAAGGAGGCUGCUAGUGGCUACAACUACGGAUCUAUUACUUGGUUUGAUGAUCGGCGUUCUGUUCGUGUUGUGUUUACUGUGAAUCUUGACUAAUUUGGAAGUGUGUUGCGGUUAGGCAAAUUAAUAUAUAUAUAUAUAUAUACA